GAAGACGAAGACGCAGCAUAAUUCCACUUCUUUCCCUUCUCCGAAGUCAACAACCCGACACCGCCGAAGUUCCUCUCUCCAUACUUGUAAUAAUGGCCUCCGUCUGCAAAGACUACGUCGAGAUACUGAAGCCUCGUACAGACAAAAGGGAGUACCGACGGAUCGUCCUCAAGAACUCCCUCCAAGUCCUCCUCAUCAGCGAUCCGGAAACCGACAAGUGUGCUGCUUCUAUGAACGUCGGUGUUGGUUUCUUCUCUGAUCCUGAUGGUCUCGAAGGCCUCGCUCAUUUCCUCGAGCACAUGUUGUUCUAUGCUAGUGAGAAGUAUCCUUUGGAGGAUAGUUACUCAAAAUACAUCGCAGAGCAUGGAGGCCGUACGAAUGCCUUCACAUCUUCUGAGCGUACCAACUUUCAUUUCGAUGUUAACACUGAUGGUUUUGAAGAGGCCUUGGACAGAUUUGCACGGUUCUUCAUUAAACCAUUGAUGUCAGCUGAUGCAACCACGAGGGAAAUCAAAGCAGUUGAUUCUGGGAAUUGGGAUUCUUUGGAUGUUAGACCAAAGGCAAAAGGAGUGGAUACAAGGCAAGAGCUGCUUAAAUUCUAUGAAGAAUAUUACUCUGCCAACCUUAUGCAUCUAGUUGUGUACUCAAAAGAAAGUCCUGAUGAAAUACAGAGCCUGGUGGAGGAUAUGUUCCAGGAAAUUAGGAACUCUGGUAGAAGCUUCCCGAGUUUUCCUGGUCAGCCUUGCUCAUCAGAACAUUUGCAGAUUCUUGUUAGAGCAGUUCCAAUAAAAGAAGGCAACAAAUUGAGGAUUGUGUGGCCAAUAACUCCAGCAAUUCAUUAUUACAAGGAAGGGCCGUGCAGGUAUCUUGGUCAUCUUAUUGGCCAUGAAGGAGAAGGGUCUUUGUUUUACAUCUUGAAAAAACUGGGCUGGGCUACAGGAUUGUAUGCUAGUGAAGGAGCGUGGACUUUGGAAUUUUCUUUUUUCGAAGUAGUUAUUGAUCUUACAGAUGCUGGUCAUGAUCACAUGCAGGAUAUAGUAGGAUUGCUAUUUAAAUACAUUCAACUUUUACGGCAAUCUGGUGUUUGCAAAUGGAUAUUCGAUGAGCUUUUAGCUGUCUGUGAGACAGGCUUUCACUAUCAGGACAAAGUCCAACCUAUUUAUUAUGUUGUAAACAUUGCAUCAGAGAUGCGGAUGUAUCCUCCUAAAGACUGGCUUGUGAGAUCAUCAAUGCCUGCAAACUUCAAUCAAGACAUCAUACAGAUGGUACUUAAUGAGCUUUCUCUGGAUAAAGUCCGAAUCUUCUGGGAGUCAAAGAAAUUUGAAGGACUUACUGACAUGGUGGAACCAUGGUAUGGUACUGCAUAUUCCAUUGAGAAAGUCACUACAUCCAUGAUUCAGGAGUGGAUGUCUAUGGCUCCUAACGAGAAUGUGCAUCUACCAGCACCUAAUAUCUUCAUCCCAACAGAUUUUUCACUUAAAGAUCCGCAAGAAAAGAUCAAGUAUCCAGUUUUACUUAGGAAUUCAUCCUAUUCAAGGGUAUGGUACAAGCCUGAUAUAAUGUUCUCCUCUCCUAAGGCAUGUGUUACGAUAGACUUCAACUGCCCCUAUGCUAGCAAUUCCCCUGAAGCUCAAAUUCUUACUUCAAUUUUUGCUCAGUUGGUGACAUUGGAUGGAUAUAAUCACAAACUACGGAUCCUACUGGAGACUGUUGUUGAUAAAAUUGCAAAAUUUGAAGUAAAACCUGACAGGUUUUCUGUAAUCAAGGAACGGGUAACACAAGACUAUCAAAAUCUGAAGUUUCAGCAACCUUAUGAGCAGGCUAUGUACUAUUGCUCAUUAUUAUUGGAGGACUGCUCAUGGCCUUGGAUGGAAAAACUUGAAGGCCUGCCAAAUGUUAAAGCCGAAGACCUUGCCAAAUUUGCUCCCAUGAUGCUCUCAAGGGCCUUCCUUGAAUGUUACAUAGCAGGUAACAUUGAACGUGCUGAGGCAGAGUCAAUGAUACAGCAUGUUGAAGAUAUUUUCUUUAAGGGCUCAAACCCUAUAUCCUUUCAUUUGCAUUUGCAUUUGCAUUUCAUCUGCUGUUCAUUUCAGCCUCAUUUCCACAACAUUUGCAGCUUUAGCUUGCUGCACUUUGCUGCUACCGUGCUAUUGCAUCUCACAAACAGAGUUGUAAAACUUGAAAGAGGCAUGAAUUACUUCUACUCCAAGGAAGGACUAAAUCCAAGUGAUGAGAAUUCUGCCCUUCUCCACUAUAUUCAGGUUCAUCGAGAUGAUUUUAUGUUGAAUGUGAAACUUCAGCUUUUUGCUCUUAUUGCUAAGCAACCAACUUUCCAUCAGCUUAGAUCUGUUGAGCAACUUGGGUACAUUACUGUUCUCUGGCAGAGGAAUGAUUUUGGAAUCCAUGGAUUGCAGUUUAUUAUCCAGUCCACUGUGAAGGGCCCAGAGCAUAUUGAUUUGAGAGUUCAGGCAUUCCUCCAAAUGUUUGAGACCCAACUUUACAAGAUGACCCAGGAUGAAUUCAAGGUCCACAUUAGUGUGCUGCUGGAUACCAUUCAGACUAGUGCUGAACUUGUGGUCACGCAGAGCAAUGUAAAUGCAUUGAUUGAUAUGAAGCUUGAUAAGCACAAGAAUCUAAGGGAAGAAUCUAGGUUUUACUGGACAGAGAUCUCUGAUGGAACUCUAAAAUUUGAUCGGAUAGAAGCUGAGGUUGCAGCACUAAGGCAGCUUACACAACCAGAACUGAUAGACUUUUUCAAUGAGCAUAUAAAAGUCGGUGCACCGCAGAAGAGGACCCUGAGUGUACGUGUGGUUGGGAAGGAACAUUUAGUAGAGUAUAGAGCCACGAAAAGUGAAGUGGUUCAACCAGCCGAAAUUGAUGACAUACUUAGUUUCAGAAAAUCAUUACCUCUUUAUGGUUCAUUCAGAGGAGGUGCUGGUCUUGUUAAAUUGUAGUUUUGAAGGAGAGGAGCGGAAUCAGUGUUGGAGCUUCAGCUCUUAAAAUGGAGACACAAACUCAAACCAGCUUAGGUCACCGACAAAGCUCAAUGUUCGUUAGUUAUCUGCAUGGUACACAAACCGUGCCAAUGAAAUUGUAACUUUACA